UCAAGUAGUGUCCAACAAUAUGUCAGUUAGUCAGUACGUAAUAGUCCACAAAACUAAAACGAGCUGAAAUUUGUUUUAAUUUGAAGGCCUCUAUGGCACACAUCCGGUAUGAUUUCUCUGUGAUUUAACCCGUUUGUUGGAUUUGUUGAAGUGCUGCUUCCGUGCAGAUCACAUGACAGUCUGCACGCGGAAGCGGUAGCAGCAUGGAGCCCACAGCGAGCAAAGAGCCGGGUCCCGUCAGAGAGCGCCGUGCCUGCCUUACAGAGGCCUAUACGUGUUUGCGGAGGGGAUCAUGUCCCAGCCAAAGGGCUCACGACGUGGCCUCUGCGAUAUUUGUCGGGGUGUGUGGAGGGGUCUCCAGCGGGGACAGAGAGAGUUGUCCUCCAGAGAACCACAGUGACCCCACCGUGGAGCUGAGCUGCAUCAGUAUGUCUCUGCUGGAGAAGAUCAGCUCCGCGCUGAUGUCUGGGAGCCUGCCACCAGCAGCCACCUUAUAUCACGCCGAGGUCCUGACGGGGUUACAAGACAUGGAUCUCAUGUUACAACUUAUCCUUAAUUUCCAAUCCGAUGACCAGAUCAUCUCACACCUAGCUGCAAAGAGCGUGUCAACAUGUGUCUUCUAUCAGCUCCACACAUCUAGCACAGUCUGUCCUGUCUGGCAGCAGAAGUGUGUUCAGGCUUUUUACAGCUCGACCCCCAGCCCUGCUCUGGACAACUGUCUGUGGUCAAUAACUGAUGUCUUCAAAAGACUUCUUCAAGGAGGUCAUCAAGAGAACAUUGCGAAACUUCUGGCAGCUUUUGAUUCCAGCCUGAUGGCUAUUUGUUCAAAGUUUCUUCCUGAAGAGAGAAGUGAGGUACUGCUGUGUUUGGAUGAUGUCCGCCGCAGCAGACGCUGGGGAACAACACUUUGCCUCCUGCUGGAGCUGCUGGAGCUGCUCACCGCAUCGAGUGUGAUCUAUGCAGCUGAUGUCUGUCUGCAGAGUCAGAGAAUAACUUAUACUCACUCCUCAGCCCUCCUGACAAUAAUCGGCGGCUCUUCGCAUUAUUUUGUCAAAAAGCGUGCACUGCUGCUACUGAAGAGAGCUGUGCUUCAGAAGUCCGGAGAGGACUGGGCUCUCGGGGAAGGGCUGUACUUUGGGCCGAAAAACAAGCACCUCCUCGCUGAUAUGAGCACGCUGGCGAAGAGUAUGUUAACAGCAGUGGCUACUAAUUGGUUGCAAAGGGUUCAAGUGGAGUCUAGCUCUUUCUUUGGGGGGACCAGACAUGUCAGAGGAAAGGAAGGCAAAGCAGACUGUGUGAUGCUGAGAGCGCUUGGCCUGCUGCUUCUCAAGUCCUUGGAGCUUUAUAUCCAAACACCUAGCGGAGCAGCAGGAGUGAACAGUGCCUUCGAGGUGUGUGGGUAUCUGCAGAGUGUGUGGGGCUUCCUGAGGCAGGGCAGUUUGCUGAGGACAGAGGUCACACACUGUUGCUGCUGGCUCAGCCUGCUGUUUGGAGAACAGGACGACGACAUGAUGGAGGCAGCUAAAGCUUUGUUUUCCAUUUUCCUCCAUCACAGGCUGUGUUCUGGACUGGAUGACUGUUCUAUGUUGAAGGCAGCCUGUGUCUUUGGAUGCAACCCUCACUGCCACUUCCUGCUGCUGCUUCAGAGCAUCUCCUUCGAUCACAGCAUACUCCUCGACUUUCUCAUCUCCACUGAAACCUGUUUUUUGGAGUACUUUGUGCGGUACCUUAAAUACCUUAGAGCUGACUGGCAGGGCUUCACUGCAGCAUGUGGAAAAACCAGCUUGUUAGAUCACCAUCUUUCUCUGCAGCAAUCACCUACUGCCUUAUGUGGGGGUGAUGUGUUAAAGGUGACUAACAGAGAUCAAGAUCCAUAUCGAUCCAACACCUGUUUUCAGCACACGGGUGCUAUUUCAUCAGCAGGAAUGAUCAGUAUGGCUGCUGGGUUUCACCUUGUAGAGUAUGAUAGUUCUGACGAGUCUGAUACAGAGGAGAUGGAGGUAUCUCAGGGUGCACCAGUGGCAUCUGUAAGUGAGAAAAGCAGAUUCAGUGCUUUGGACAUGAAACUACAAAAAUUAUCGGACUUAACAGGAAUACUGAUUGAACCUAACACCACACCACACAGAAGAGCAGAAGGGCCUCAAGUGCCGGUGUUCCUGAGUGAGCAAACGUCGUGUCCAAACAUGGCACCUGUGUCAGGACAUGUGACUUGUGACACAUUAGCCAGGGUGGUCCUUUGCAUGUCACAUCUCAGAGAGGUGGUGAAGAGGCUGCACACAAAGAAGCUCUUCCCAUACAACCCUUCUUCACUCUUAAGGCUCCUAGAACAAUUAUAAAACUUUUUUAUUUUGUUUUAAGAUUUUAUAAUACAUUCUUUGUUUUCUGAACUAGCUUGUUAUCUAAAUGGUCCAGUGUGUUUCAACCGGUGCAUGCUAGGACUGGCAAGAGGUUUUACUUUCUGGAGGUAUUGUUAAAAAUGUUUUACCCUGUUUUAGGUUUUAAACACAGGCCCGAAAUACACACAUACAAACCAGGAACAUAUGGUUUUUUGAUUAUCAGAUUGAUAACUUUGAUAAUAAUUUCUUCUUUGUGAAAUGUUUCCAGGAGAAAUACUCUUUUAGCAGUACUGGCACAACAAUCAAUACAAGGAUGCAAGUGGAUGAUAUGCAGAAACGGAUCAAAUAAAUAAUAAAUGGACUGUUUUCAUUCAAACCCAUUAAUCCAAUUUUAUUUAUAUAGUCCAAUGUUACAAUUUAGCUUAAAUUAGGGGGCUUAACAAUCUUUAUUAUACAAUACCGUAUGUCCUCGGACCCUUGCAGAGGAUGAGAAAAACAAAAAAACACAUAUGCACUGUGUGCACACUUAUUUGGCAAGUUGUAUUUUUGAGGAUUAUUUUAAUUAUUGAACAACUACAGUGCUCUCUGUCAAUCCGACAUGUUUAUAAACCUCAAGUCUCAAUAUUUAAGAAAGUAAAAGUGAGGUUUUGGCUCUCUUUCUUCAUGUACUGAUGCACUGUUUGCACAAUAACUUUGAGCUGCACACAUACAUGUAAAUACAUUUAACAUUGGGACUCAAAUAUGUAUGUUCAUUUAAUUAAUUUCUUGUUUUAACAGCUACUUACCUGUAUAUAAUUGUAUCUUUCAUUUUAUUAAUCUUGUGUGAAUCUGUACUGUCAUGAUUUUUGAUGAACUGUGUGCACAAUUAAUAUGCAACUAAAGGAAAAACGAAUAUUUGCCCGUCUCACUGUACAAAUAAACUUUUCUGACAUAAAAAAAGA